AUGGGGGACGCGUUAAUGGCAGAGUUUGGCGGCGCAGCUUCCUAUCUGCGUAAGUCAGACAAGGAGCGUAUGGAAUGCCAGACUAGACCCUUUGACAUAAAGAGGGAGUGCUAUGUGCCUGACCCUGAGGUUGAGUACGUCAAGGCCACAAUCACCAGCAGAGACGGGGCUAAAGUCACCGUUGAUACUGAGUUUGGAAAGGUAAAUAUUUUGGUGAAAAGCAUUUCUGAAAAUAUAUGACCUGGAAAAUCACAAGAUAAUACAUUUUCUACUAGGAUAACUCUAUGAUUGAUGAACAGCUAAGCUAUAAACUGAAUUGAGUUAUGUGCUUUACUGUUUACUAUAAAAAUUAUUCUCACAAGAGAUAACAAAGAGAAAAAUCCUAACUUGAGAUCUUUAACUUUCAUGCAAAGAUGCAAGAUAGGAUUUCUCUCUAAGUAAAUACCUCUACACCUUGAAAAUGAAACAAAAUAACUUAAUUUGAUAUUUUUUCAGACUGUUACUGUGAAGGAGGACGACGUCCACCCCCAGAACCCGCCAAAGUUCGAUAAAAUUGAGGACAUGGCGAUGUUCACCUUCCUGCACGAGCCUGCUGUGCUGUUUAACCUCAAAGAGCGUUACGCAGCCUGGAUGAUCUACGUAAGUCAUGCCUGCUAAUAUCUCCAUUAAAUCAAACAUUCAUUCAAAUGAAUCAAACUAAAUCUGCAUCCCCCUCGUCUUCCACAGACCUACUCAGGGCUGUUCUGUGUCACGGUCAACCCCUACAAGUGGCUGCCAGUGUACGAUCAGUCUGUUGUCAAUGCAUACAGAGGCAAGAAGAGGACAGAAGCUCCUCCUCACAUCUUCUCCAUCUCUGACAAUGCCUACCAGUACAUGUUGUCAGGUAAAAUAUCACUUUUCCUUUUAAUCUACAUUGGCAUAUCAAAUGUUGUUUGGAUAAUGACACAUUUACUGAUACUUAUCUUUCAACAGACAGGGAAAAUCAGUCUGUUCUUAUCACGUAAGUACAUCAACCAAAGGUUAUAUUGAUUUGAGGAUAUUUAAAAUUAAGAUACAUUUUUGAGACAUCAACAUUUGUAUUUCCAAUCCCAGUGGAGAAUCCGGUGCUGGAAAGACUGUGAACACCAAGAGAGUCAUCCAGUACUUCGCCAGUAUUGCUGCUGUUGGCGGAAAGAAAAGUGCAGCAGAAGAAAAAAAGGUAAAUAGAAUUGCAAAUGUUCCUCAUUAUCGAUCCUAAAUUAAACAUACUUCAUGGCUGGAUGAGCAUUUGUUGACAAAAUCAAAUUGUAUUUAUAGAGUAUUGGUGUUCAUUGCUGCAUUUUGACACUGUAUGGAUGUUGGUUUCUAGGGGACCCUGGAGGAUCAAAUCAUCCAGGCCAAUCCUGCCCUGGAGGCUUUUGGUAAUGCCAAAACCAUCAGGAAUGACAACUCCUCCCGAUUCGUAAGUUUGGUCUUUGUUCGCAGUCAAAUACCAUUCAAAUCUUAUCAUAAAUGUUCAUCUUAUUUGUUACCUUCUCGAUUUGAAUUUCAUUAGGAUAAGAAUUUUAUUAAGAUCCCCAUUAGUGGAUGUCAUGACGUCAGCUAAUCUUCCUCAGGUCCAUCAGCAAAUCUUCCCUUUUGGGACUGUAUGUGUGCAACAGACCUGGGUUUAAAUAGUAUUUGUUUUAUUUCAAAUACUUUCAGUGUUUGGUUGAGCCUACAAGAUAGGUGGGAUUUAAACUUCCAUUAGACCGUUCAAGCACACCUAAGGUAUUCAAAAAGAAAACAAAUACUACUUGAACCCAGAUCUGGUGUGCUCAUUCAUUUCUGCUUUGACAAUAACUUACAGGGUAAAUUCAUCCGAAUUCAUUUUGGAGUCAGUGGGAAGCUUUCGUCUGCUGACAUUGAGACUUGUGAGUACAAUACAACAUUUUCUCAGGCUUGAACAGAUCUCUUUGACAGGAAACACAUUAAUACCAAAAGCACUUUUCCAUACUGAUCAGAUCUUCUGGAGAAGUCACGUGUAACUUUCCAGCUCAAGGCUGAGAGAGACUAUCACAUAUUCUACCAGAUCCUAUCCCAAAAGAAACCAGAACUGCUGGGUGAGUAUUACAUCAUCAAACUGUGUACUGAGCGGGGUUGAGGUCUAAUUCUGAAUUCAACUGAGAAUUUCGGAUGAAUUCCAAUUCAAUUCUUAUGGUGCAGCCAGCGCAGGAAGUGUGCUACCCCCCCAUUCCCCACCGUAAAACUCACAACACAAUGUAUCGUGAUUUAUGCUGUAACAUUUCCUUUGUCCAUGAGAAAGUUGCAAUGAUUUAAAUACCAUUUCAGCACACAACAUAAACAUUUGAUGCACGAAAAACUAUCUCCAGCUGCAGUUUUUCUAAACUUGAUUAGGACUAAUUUGUCAUCCUGUCUAUUAUGUAUAAUAUUACUGUUGUUUUGUUAUUUUUGUACAAUGCCAAUUUUCCUAAUAGGAUAUUAUGUUAUGGCUUAUACCAAAGCCUGAACACAAAUUAAACUGUGCUGUUCAAUUCAUUUCAGAGAUGCUACUCAUCACCAGCAAUCCCUAUGACUACGCCUUCAUCUCCCAAGGAGAGAUUGCUGUAACUUCCAUUAAUGAUUCAGAUGAGCUAAUGGCUACUGAUGUGAGUAAAAUAUGUUCAUAUACACUGAGUGUCAAAUCAUUAGGAACACCUUCCUGAUAUUGAGUUGUAUCCCCUUUUGCCUUCAGAACAGCCUCAAUUCGUUAAAGGAUGGACUCGACAAGGUGUCUUUAAGCAUUCCACAGGGAUGCUGGCUCAUGUUGAAUCCAAUGCUUCUGACAGUUGUGUCAAUUUGGCUGGAUGUCCUUUUGGUGGUGGACUAUUCUUGAUACACACUGAAAACAGCUGAGCGUGAAAAACCCAGCAGCAAUUGAAGUUCUUGACACACUCAAAUCGGUGUGCCUGGCACCUACUACCAUACCCCGUUCAAAGGCACUUAAAUAAUUUGUCUUGCCCAUUCACCCUCAUACACGAUCCAUGUCUCAAUUGUAUCAAGGCUUAAAAAUCCUUCUUUAACCGGUCUCUUCCCCUUCAUCGACACUGCUUGAAGGUGACAUUAAUAAGGGAUGAUAGCUUUCACUGAACUCAUCUGGUCAGUCUAUUUCAUAGAAAGAGCAGGUAUUCCUAAUGUUUUGUACACUCAGUGUAUAUGCGAUAAUAUUCCACUUGUAUCCGAUUCUUUCUCCAAUUCAAAACAAUGACCUUUAUUUCGGAACUAGGAUGCAUUUGAUGUGCUGGGCUUCUCCCAAGAGGAGAAGAAUGGCAUUUAUAAGCUGACUGGUGCCAUCAUGCACUAUGGCAACAUGAAGUUCAAGAACAAGCAGAGGGAGGAGCAAGCAGAGGCAGACGGCACUGAGGGUGAGCACUUAGCAUUUAAAACCUCUCACUUUAAAAUACAGUAAUCUCUGAAAAAUCUGACGGUCACAAUGCCUCCUCCAACCAUAAAACUUUGCCUUUCCAGAUAUUGACAAAGCCGCAUAUCUGAUGUGCCUGAACUCUGCUGACCUGGUCAAGGGGCUGUGUCACCCAAGGGUCAAAGUAGGAAAUGAGUGGGUCACCAAAGGUCAGAGUGUCGACCAGGUGAGUCUCAAAAAAGUUGGACAUUUCCAGGAGAUAAUAAUUUUGAGCAUAAAACUUCUAUUUAGAGUUGCUAAUAUUUUCAUGCCUGUGAUUCCCCAUUGAGCAUGCUUUUUAGUCCAGGAAAAUGCCUGAUCUGUGUCUGGGAAACUGUCCCUAUGUUGAGUCUAUGUUUUGGUAAAUUAUUUUCUCAAUAUUUUGUAGGUGUACUACUCCAUUGGUGCACUGGCAAAGAAAAUUUACGAGAACAUGUUCCUCUGGAUGGUGAUAAGAAUCAACCUUACUCUGGACACAAAGAACGCUCGCCAGCACUACAUUGGUGUGCUGGACAUUGCUGGCUUUGAGAUCUUUGAUGUGAGUGUUUGAUGUAAAUUUGAUCAAUAGGACACGUCAUGAAACGAUUAAUCUAAAACAUUACAGCUGACAAAAUAAUGUAACUGUGAACUUCUUUUUCAGUUCAACACCUUUGAGCAGCUGUGCAUCAACUUCACUAAUGAGAAGCUGCAGCAGUUCUUCAACCACCACAUGUUUGUGCUGGAGCAGGAGGAGUACAAGAAAGAGGGUAUCGUCUGGGAGUUCAUUGACUUCGGCAUGGACUUGGCUGCCUGCAUUGACCUCAUUGAAAGGGUUGGUGUCUUCAGUUUCACAGUAGUUUAAUUUAUAUGAUUGAAUCUUUGAGAUUUCAAACAUUACAAGGGCAAUCUUCCUAAAUGUGCUUCAACAACAAAUUAUUUUAUUUAUGCUUUUCCCUUAGUAUUAAUUUAUUUUCAUUCAUUUUCCCUUUUAGCCCAUGGGUAUCAUGUCCAUCCUUGAAGAGGAGUGCAUGUUCCCCAAGGCCAGUGAUUCUACAUUCAAAGCUAAGCUGUAUGACACCCAUCUGGGCAAAAAUGCAUGCUUCCAGAAGCCUAGGAUUAUUAAGGGUAGACCAGAGGCCCAUUUCUCCCUGGUUCACUAUGCUGGCACUGUUGAUUACAACAUUGGUAACUGGCUGGUGAAGAACAAGGACCCGCUGAAUGAGACUGUGGUCGGACUGUUCCAGAAGUCAAGUCUUAAGUUCCUGGCCAACCUGUUUGUAAGCUAUGCUGGUGCAGAAGGAGGUACUAUGUGUUUUUAUCUGCAAAGACUAAAAAAAACACUAAAAUAAAUACAAAUGUACAUGACAGUAGUAAUAAUAGUAUAUUUGAAUUAUUUCAUUAUCAUACAGCUGCUGAAGAAAAAGCAGCUGGAGGAAAGAAGAAGAAAGGUUCUUCCUUCCAGACGGUGUCUGCUUUGCACAGGGUAAAUCUGACUUCAAAUCAAUAUACUUCUGAUGUUUUCAAAUGGCAGAAAAUAACAAAUGUAUUAUAUUUGCGCAACAUUUGAAAUGCCAUUAUGUUGUGGAUUGGCAUGUUAGCAUUAAAUGCCGUUGUGACUCGUGAGGUACUGGGAGAGUCAUUCAUUGAUGGAAAAUUCUACAUUUGUCAUACUCACAGGAGAACUUGGGUAAACUCAUGACCAACUUGAGGUCUACUCACCCCCACUUUGUGCGUUGCCUCAUCCCCAACGAGACCAAGACUCCUGGGGCCAUGGAAAACCCUCUGGUCAUGCACCAGCUGCGCUGUAACGGUGUACUGGAAGGCAUCAGGAUCUGCAGGAAGGGCUUCCCCAACAGGAUCCUGUAUGCUGACUUCAAACAAAGGUACAAAUUAUUAUGCAUUUCCUUUCCAAAAUAAAUUCAAUAAAUUCAGGUGUUCCAUUAUUGAAGAUAAUUGCUUUCUGAUUUAAAUUCAGAUACCGCAUCCUCAAUCCAAAUGCUAUCCCUGAGGGUCAGUUCAUUGACAACAUGAAGGCAGCCGAAAAACUGCUGGGCUCUCUGGACAUUGACCACACCCAGUACAGAUUAGGACACACUAAGGUAAGUUCUCUAAAUAGAUGAAAAGCAAUAAGACUUGUUGGACCAGCAGCAAUUACGGGGUCCAAGCAGUACAUUACUACUACACUACCAUCAGGUUAACCUGAGCAAUGCCUCUUGAAAUAACUGCUGAUAUACCACUGAGCAUGAUUACUACAUAUCAUCUGUCUCUAGGGGAAAUGGAUCAAGUCAAGAGAUACAAAUAUAUACUUGGUGUAGCGUCACCAUGAAGUAGAUCCAGAUCUGGAUCUACAUGUAAGAUAUUAAAAGCAUUGUGCACAUACUGUUUGAGAUAGACCUUGCCAAAUGUUUUAACUCUUGGUCAACAUGCUGGGUCUGAAGUUGUCAAAUCAAUUUCUCAUUCCAGGGCCACCUUGUGGUCAAUUUGUGCCUUUUUCGCACAGAGGCAAGAAAUCAACAAUCUAAACAUGACUAUAAACAUGGGGGAUAAGAUAACACAUUCAAGUUAUUUAUAGUCAACUGGCAGAAAAAUACAAUCCUACCGAAGAUGAUCCAACCACCACAUUAUGGCCUUUGUGAAUCAUUAGGUGUUCUUCAAGGCUGGUCUCCUGGGUACCCUUGAGGAGAUGAGAGACGAUCGUCUCGCUCUUAUCAUCACUGGCAUGCAGGCCCGAUCACGUGGUCUACUUGCCAGAAUUGAGUUCCAGAAAAUUGUUGACCGCAGGUUGGAAUAGGACUAGAUCAAACUUUUGCAGACAAUAUGGUGGAGGUGGAAAAGGUAUAACAAGAUAAUUGUAUUCAAUGUCACAGGGAUGCCUUGCUUGUGAUCCAAUGGAACAUUCGUGCCUUCAUGGGUGUCAAGAAUUGGCCCUGGAUGAAGAUGUUCUUCAAGAUCAAACCUCUGCUGAAGUCAGCAGAGACUGAGAAGGAGAUGGCCAACAUGAAGGAAGAAUUCCUGAAGCUUAAAGAGGUUUAUGCUAAAACUGAAGCCCGUAGAAAGGAGCUAGAAGAGAAGAUGGUCUCCCUUAUCCAAGAGAAGAAUGACUUGCAGCUCGCUGUCCAAACUGUGAGUAACUUUAACUACACUAAAGUUACUUUAAUGUACUCACAUCCUUUGUCAAAAUGUCCUUUCUGGUUAGCUUUUUACUAAUUAGAGAAAUAGAAAAACAGAAAAAGAAGAGAUAUGAUUAGCUAAAUAGGUAUGUACAAUCAGUGGAGCAUUUGUAGUGUCCAAAUAUUUUGCCACCAAACAAACUUCUGAGCUUUGGAGAAUUGUAUAUACUUAUAAUAAAUUGACACAUUGACAGUCAGAAGACACUAUUGGUGAUGCUGAAGAGAGAUGCGAGGGUCUGAUCAAGAGCAAAAUCCAGCUUGAGGCCAAAGCCAAAGAGCUGACAGAAAGACUGGAGGAUGAGGAGGAGAUGAAUUCAGAGCUGACUGCUAAGAAGAGGAAGCUGGAAGAUGAGUGCUCAGAACUCAAGAAGGACAUUGACGAUCUGGAGCUCACUCUGGCUAAAGUGGAGAAGGAGAAGCAUGCCACGGAGAACAAGGUAAAGUUUUUCUUCAUUCUUGUAUUGUUAAAACUCCAAUUGAUUGGUUUGGAUGAAAGCGUAAUGACAUUGUUCUGUUUCCUGUAGGUUAAAAACCUGACUGAGGAGAUGGCGGCUCUGGACGAAAUCAUUGCCAAGCUGACCAAGGAGAAGAAGGCUCUGCAGGAGGCUCAUCAGCAAACGCUGGAUGACCUUCAGAGUGAGGAGGAUAAAGUCAACACGCUGACCAAGGCCAAAGCCAAACUGGAACAGCAAGUUGAUGAUGUGAGUACCAAACAGGAAAUCAUAAAAAUUACAACAAACAAAUUACAACAAACAACAAAUUAAUAUAUCCUUUAUCAGCUUGAAGGGUCUCUGGAGCAAGAGAAGAAGGUGAGGAUGGACCUUGAGAGAGCCAAGAGAAAGCUGGAAGGAGACUUGAAGUUGACCCAGGAGAGCCUAAUGGACCUGGAGAACGACAAGCAGCAGCUGGAGGAGAGAAUGAAGAAGUAAGAUCACAACCCACAAAAUCUCAUGAAUAUUAUUCAGUAGAAAACGCUUGCUAAAAAUGUAUGUUCUUCUCAAUAGGAAGGACUUUGAGAUGAGCCAACUCAACAGCAAGAUUGAGGAUGAGCAGGCCUUGGGUGCCCAGCUUCAGAAAAAACUCAAGGAACUGCAGGUAUUUCAAUAGCAUUGUUGAAAAGGGAAUAUUUCUGUUACACUUGGAGAGGUGUAAAGUAAUGAAUUACUACUCUCGUUAAUGUAAUUGAGUAGCUUUCAAAGUCAGUAAUUUUAUUCUAGUUGAGUAAAUGUUGUGUAACAGUACUUCAACUUGAGUAGGAUAUUUCAGUAAUCCUUACACCCCUGACUUUAAUUGCUUUGAAUGUUUCAUUUAUUUUCAAAUGUUAAUAGUAUAUAUUUGACAAAUCCUUAGUACUUUUACAUACAGAUUUGCCUUGUCGCAACUCAUUAAAAUAAAUUAACUUAGAUCCUACUGUACAUUCAUUUCCUCUAGUACUUUUUCAAUUUAAUACAUGGAAAACAUUCAGAUAACCUUAGCAAAAUUAGCUAAUUAUCAAGCUCAAUGUUUCUAUAUUAAAAGUAACUCAAUUACUUUUACACAGAGUACUUUUUAAAUUAUCUACUGUUUACUUUGACUUAGUAGUUUUAUUUUUACACCAGUAAGUUUACUUCUACUUGAUAUUUCAGUACUCUUUCCACCAUUGUACACUUGUUCUGUUCUUACCAGAAAAUCUGAAUUCCCUCCAUUUCAGGCCCGCAUUGAAGAGCUGGAGGAAGAGCUGGAGGCUGAGAGAGCUGCCCGUGCCAAGGUGGAGAAACAGAGGGCAGACUUGGCCAGAGAGCUGGAGGAGAUCAGUGAGCGGCUGGAGGAGGCUGGUGGAGCCACUGCUGCCCAGAUUGAGAUGAACAAGAAGAGGGAGGCUGAGUUCCAGAAGGUGCGCAGAGAUCUUGAAGAGGCUACUCUGCAGCACGAGGCUACAGCUGCCUCUCUGAGGAAGAAAAAUGCUGACAGUGUGGCUGACCUGGGAGAGCAGAUUGACAACCUUCAGAGAGUGAAGCAGAAGCUGGAGAAGGAGAAGAGUGAGCUCAGGCUGGAGCUGGAUGAUGUGGUCUCCAACAUGGAGCAGAUUGUCAAGUCCAAAGUAUGUGGUGUCAUUGAGCAAUCAUAACAUGUGUUAUCUGUACAUGAUUUUUAAAGAUGGAAUCUAGUGAUGGUGUUCCGUCAUUCAAAAAACAAAUCUGUUUUUAGACAAACUUGGAGAAAAUGUGCCGCACUCUAGAGGACCAGAUGAGUGAAUACAGGACGAAAGCUGAGGAAGGACAGCGAUCCAUCAAUGAUUUCACCAUGCAGAAAGCAAAGCUUCAAACUGAGAAUGGUAUAUUAACUAAAAACCUGGACAUUCACAUGAACAGCCACAAUGAAUAACCACAAUAAAUAAUAUAAUUUAAAUUAAUUUGAAUUGUAUUAAAACAGGUGAACUUGCCAGACAGCUGGAGGAGAAGGACUCUCUGGUCUCCCAACUGACCAGAGGUAAGCAGUCCAACGUUCAGCAGAUUGAAGACCUCAAGAGACAACUGGAGGAGGAAGUCAAGGUAUUUAUACAAAAAAAUGCACUGUGUCCAUAAUCAACUUUAUUUAUCCUCUGGCAUAAUUACAGAUAAUCUUUUUAAUGUCCUUACCAGGCAAAGAACGCACUUGCCCAUGCGGUGCAGUCUGCUCGCCAUGACUCAGACCUGCUCCGGGAGCAGUAUGAGGAGGAGCAGGAGGCCAAGGCUGAGCUGCAGCGUGGCAUGUCCAAGGCCAACGCGGAGGUCGCUCAGUGGAGAACCAAGUAUGAAACUGAUGCCAUCCAGAAGACUGAGGAGCUUGAAGACGCAAAGUAAUUUGGUCGCAGGUUCAGGAAUGGCUGAAAAAUUGCAACAUUUGUCUGGAGUAACCUAGCACUGCUGGGUGAUCUGAAAAGUCAUAGUCAAUCGAUCAAUAAUAUAAUAAUACUCUUAGCAAAAAUGUUCAUCUUUAAUCUACAAUCUGUAGAAACUAUGAGAAUAGAAAGGUUCAGAACUUUUGUGAAACCACAGCACAGUUGAAAAGUAUAUGGCAAAUAGAAAUCAAAACUGGAUGGUGUUCAGAGAUAGAUGGGAGGGGUUGAGGGUAGCUGAAGGCUGGGACUAAAAACAAAGCAAAAGAUAACUAAUGUAAAAUACACUGUGUCCGUAAAAUGUAAAUAGUAUGAAAAAAAAAGCUGGAAGUAGAAGUAGAAGCCCAUAAGUGUACUCCAAUUAGGGAAGGGGUGGUAGGGUUAGGAGCAAUAUACUAAAUAUAUUAAAUAUAAAUAUAUAUUUAUAAUAUAUAUAUAUAUAUAUAUCUUUAUAAAAAAUAUAUGGGGGAUUCAACCUUGGCUGAAUUAGUGACACACAAAAGUACAUGAUGAAUGAUACAUGGAUUACCUGAUUUACAGUUCAUUCGGAAAGUAUUCAGACCCCUUGACUUUUUCCACAUUUUGUUACGUUACAGCCUUAUUCUAAAAUGGAUUAAAUUUGGGUUUUUUCUCCUCAUCAAUCUACACACAAUACCCCAUAAUUCCAAAGCAAAAACUGGAUUUUUAAAUGCACUGUACAAUCAUUAAAUAUCAGACAGAAAAAAGGCAGCUGUUCUUAAAUGUGUUUCUCAUCUAUGUCAAUCUAGGAAGAAGCUUGCUCAGCGUCUGCAGGAUGCAGAGGAAGCUGUGGAAGCUGUUAACGCUAAAUGCUCCUCCCUGGAAAAGACUAAACACCGACUCCAGAAUGAGAUUGAAGAUCUCAUGGUGGAUGUGGAGAGAUCCAAUGCAUCUGCUGCCGCUCUGGACAAAAAGCAAAGGAACUUCGACAAGGUAAGAAAAUAAAUGGUAUACACAAGUCCUAUUAGCCUUUAUUAUAGUACAUGAUAGGGGCAUCAGGUAGCCUAGUGGUUAGAGAAGCGGGCCAGCAACCUCAGACGGGAAAACCUUGUGUAGAGUGAGCCGGCAACCGGAGGGUUGCUGAAAUCCUCCUACCAGCACCUGCAGUUGUGCCCUUGAGCAAGGGAGCUGCACAGCGGCUGACACUUUGCUUUCAGCCCGUAUGUCUCGGGGGCUUGGGUUGUGAGCAUCCUUCUUCUGUAAGCUAAUGGACAAUAAAGUACAUCUUAUCCUAAUCAUAUACUGUAUUGAAACCACUUACGUUUCCAGGUCCUGGCUGAGUGGAAGCAGAAGUUUGAAGAGGCUCAGACCGAGCUGGAGAGCUCCCAGAAAGAGGCCAGAUCUCUCAGCACUGAACUCUUCAAACUCAAAAACUCUUACGAGGAAUCUCUGGAUCAUCUGGAGACCAUGAAGAGGGAGAACAAGAACCUCCAAGGUCAGAGCAUAUGCAUUAUUGGACUAUAGAACUUAGUCCAGGGGUUCCCUAUGGCACGCCGGCAUUGGAGGCGCCCACGUUUCGUGGGGGAACACGGGACCGUCCUUGAGUUGAGGGGCACAAUUCACGAUUGUUAUACUGAUCUAAAAUGACGCAUACAUCCGCGAUGCUUUAUGCUAAAAAAAACAAGCAAUAAACUGCCAAAAUGAAGACGUAACUGAUGCACAUGGGAAUAUAUUUGGUUUGGCUCUAUGACAUUCAGAAGCUGAGUUUAGGCCUUCUAAAGUCGAGGGGUCAAAGAAAUUGGACUUUGCUUGGGAAGUCAUCUUAUACAAUGUGUGACUGUAGCUAUCAAUUGAUCUGUUCACUUUCUGUUAAAGGGAAAAUGUAUAAUUAAAAUGAGUUCACGUAAAUGAUCAUAAUACAACAUAUUUGGUAGCAGAAUAACAUUGGGGAAAUGUAUUUUCCUUAUCCAUUCUUCUUCUUCUUCUUCUUGAUAUCACUAAAUAGCAUGACUUAGUCAAUUAAAGAUUGAUAUGUUAUAGAAAAAGGUGGGGGGGUGGAAAUACAAUAAAAAUAGAGAUAAAUAAAUAUUCUGAUGUACAAUAAAAUAAUUCCACAGAGGAAAUUUCUGACCUGACUGAGCAACUUGGUGAAGGAGGAAAGAGCAUCCAUGAGCUGGAGAAGAUCCGUAAACAGCUGGAGCAGGAGAAGGCUGAGAUACAGUCUGCUCUAGAGGAAGCUGAGGUGAGAAUAGAAAAAAUUUACUGAUACUGAAAGUACCAGAAUUUAAUUAGAAGAUUUUACAAAGUAUGGGUGGCUUUGUUUUCAUAGGGCUCCCUAGAACAUGAAGAGGGUAAGAUCCUGAGAGCACAGCUGGAGUUCAACCAGGUCAAAGCUGAUAUUGAACGGAAACUGGUGGAGAAGGAUGAGGAGAUGGAGAUGAAUAAGAGGAACCAGCAGAGAGUGGUGGAUACCCUGCAAAGCUCCCUGGAGUCAGAGACUCGUAGCAGGAACGAAGCUCUCAGGCUGAAGAAGAAGAUGGAGGGAGAUCUCAAUGAGAUGGAGAUCCAGCUCAGCCAGGCCAACAGGCAGGCAGCAGAGGCCCAGAAGCAACUUAAGGGUCUCCAUUCCCAUCUGAAGGUAAUACUUCCACACCAUUGAAUUAAAAACAUUGCUUGUGCCAUCACAAAAAGCCAAACCACACUGUAAAACAAUGAAAGAAAUAUAGUAAAAUCAAUUCUCUCUACAGGAUUCUCAACUGCAGCUGGAUGAUGCUCUUCGUGGCAGUGAUGACCUGAAGGAGAACAUUGCCAUUGUGGAGAGACGCAACAACCUGAUGCAGGCUGAACUGGAUGAGCUGAGAGCCAUGGUGGAGCAGACUGAGAGAGGCCGCAAACUGGCUGAGCAGGAACUGCUGGAUGUUAGUGAAAGAGUUCAGCUGCUGCACUCACAGGUAAGACGGUAAUAGAUAACAAUUAGUGUUCUACUUUAAUGUCUGCUACUUGAGAUUUGUUGAGGUUAUAUUAAAAGCAAUUUGUCAUAUACAUGUGUAGAACACCAGCCUACUGAGCCAGAAGAAGAAGCUGGAGGGUGACACAUCCCAGCUUCAGAAUGAAGUGGAGGAGGCUGUGCAGGAGUGCAGAAACGCUGAGGAAAAGGCCAAGAAGGCCAUUACUGAUGCUGCCAUGAUGGCAGAGGAGCUGAAGAAGGAGCAGGACACCAGUGCUCACCUGGAGCGCAUGAAGAAGAACAUGGAGCAGACCAUCAAGGACCUGCAGCACCGCCUGGAUGAAGCUGAACAAAUCGCCAUGAAAGGUGGCAAGAAGCAGAUCCAGAAGCUGGAGUCCAGAGUAAGGCCCAGCUACAUUAUCUUCUAUUCAUUCUAAAUCAUUUUUCAUAUUUCUAGUCAUAUUUCUAGCUUUAAUAUUAAAAGCAGUGGUAACUAACAACGUAAUUGGAAAUAAUGUGUUAACAUCCAUCAUGUCUUUCUAGGUGAGGGAGCUAGAGAGUGAAGUGGAAAUGGAGCAAAGGAGGAGCGGUGAUUCUGUGAAAGGAGUCCGUAAAUAUGAGCGACGCAUCAAGGAGCUCACCUACCAGGUACAUCAUAUAUUUUAAUUUAACAGUGCACUAUUAACGUGCUAAGAAUCAAAUGUAAGAUGCACAAAUGACAAUUUUUUCCUUUCUUUUUGGGUACAGACUGAGGAAGACCGUAAGAAUUUGUCCCGUCUUCAGGACCUGGUGGACAAACUGCAGCUGAAGGUCAAAUCCUACAAGAGAACUUCAGAGGAGGCUGUAAGUAGAAAACAUUCCAUCAUCCAACUGAUGCAUCUGUAAUUCUCAAAUUGUUGUGUUUGCUAAAAACUGAAAUCAUACUUAAAACAUUUCACAGGAGGAACAAGCCAAUUCUAAUUUGGGCAAGUUACGCAAGAUUCAGCAUGAACUGGAUGAAGCAGAGGAGAGGGCUGAUAUUGCUGAGUCUCAGGUCAACAAGAUGAGAGCCAAGAGUCGUGAUUCCGGCUCCAAGGUCAGUAAAGUUACUUUUUCAAGAGUCCAAAAGGAUAAUUUGCAGACUUCCCAUGUACUGUAGUGUUCCCAUGUAGAUGGCAAAAAACUCAACUUGGAAUAG